UUGCCUAUGCCCCGGAUGGCGCCAGAAAGCGUCACUAACUUCAAAUUCACGCCAAAAAGCGAUGUAUGGAUGUAUGGUGUCAUGUUAUGGGAAGCGUUCAACAAAGGCGCCCAACCUUAUCCACAUUUGAAAACUGAAGACGAAUUGCGAGAAAUAAUUAAUGCAGGAGGUGAUCUCACGCCACCAGUUGGAUGUCCGGAUAUCAUUACUGAAAUAAUGUUGCUGUGUUGGCGGAUCAACCCGGAAGAUCGAAUAAGCUUUGCUGCAAUAAUUGAAAAAUUGGAUCCAGUUGUGCAGAACUUUGAUGCCAUUACAGAAAAUUUGAAUCCAGUUGUGCAACCGUCAACAUCUGGGUUGCAAAGUGCCCCAGAGAACCUGGAAGAUGCUGAUUGAAAAUGCGAGUUCAAGAAAUUAUACGAAGCGCUCCAACGUCCCUUAGGCUCAAGAAGCCAGAAGAGGCUGCCUUAAAACAGCUCAAUAAACUUGAAGCGGUUUUCCAAUGCUCGGACCUGAGCUAGUUAUAGUUAUUCAAACUUAGUCUAAAAUUGGGAUGCUAUUUGUAAAAUCUCAAUUCUAACCACUUUUAUUUUUCAUGUACUCGUAAUUAGAAUUAGUUAGUAUUGUAUCUACGAAUUGUAAGAUCCCGCCGAACAUUUCGUGUCAUUUUACUGUCACCGACUCGCCAAAACAUCGUCAAUUCUGUGUCAAGGAAUUUCAACCAAUCAGAAAAGAGGUGGCUCCACCUACUUUCCGGUUUCAGGUUUCGCGAAGAUUUGACGCUGUCAAUAAGUGGUCAAAUUUGCGUCAAAUUUGCGUCAUGCAAUCCAUGACACAAAAUUGGCAAAAAUAUGACAUGGUAUUGACAAUUUUUCAAGGACACUGAAUUGACAAUUAAUGUAGUGAAACAACAACAAGUCUUUGACGUGAUUUUGACGCUUAUGUGACAGUUUAGUGACAUAUCUUAAAAAUUGUCAUUUGUUGAGCAAUUUUUUGUUUUGUGAUAAUUUUUGAGUUACAAAACCAAUCAAUUUUUUUCCAAAAUAAGUUUUACAGGUACAUAUGUACCUGUGUAAUUCCGUUUGGAAUUUUCUAUUUUUGUAUCUAUGUAAUUUUGUUUGAAAUUUUUUAUUUUUAUUUUGGUGAUGAAUUAAUUGAAUAUUGUAUACAAUCGGCCAAGGUUUUACCUGGUUGACCCUAAUUUUAACUAGAUAAGAAUUUUUUUUUUGUUAAUUAA